AUGACGUCCGGCACAGAGAUCCAUCCAAGUCGUUUAUCUUUGGGAAAUAGAGUAUCCCUGAUCACUGGGGUGCAAUAUCGGUACGAAGGAGUUGUGGCUGCAAUUAAUUCAAUCGAAGGAACUCUAACAUUACAAAAUGUUCGAUUUUGGGGCACUGAGAAUCGAGUCCCCGGGAAUGCUGCCACCACCGCCGGCGAAAAUAAAGCCUUGACUGUUGGAUACAUGUAUGAUGCGAUCACAUUCUGGAUGUCCAAUAUCGUACAACUCUGGCUUCUGGAUGAUGCAAAAUCGGAACGAAACGAUGUGGGCGAUAAAGGUGUUGUGAAAGCAGGCGUGCCGGUCGAUUCCGGUCGAGGCCGAGGUCGGCGUCAACGUGGUUGGGUAUGUCAUUGUCUGUAG